UUUGCUGUACUCCCAUGUCUAUUUUAAAAACCUUAGAGACGUUUUAAGUUUCACGUUUUCGUGUGUCUGCUGCACUGAUGUGACGAGUUUGGCGUUUCACAAGCGGAUAAAACGCUCAGGUGUUUGUUUUUCAUAGGUGGAUUUUCUGCCUUUUAAAAAACCAUUCCUAAGUAGAGCAACGACAGGAGGUUUUCCCCUGCGGUAUAUUUCUUUAUUGCAAAACUCUUGUUAAACCACGUCAGUGUUUUUCUUGCUUUCGUUUUUAAUUAUUUCAUUUCUAACCACCGACAACGCCGAGUGGCCACGUUGGAACAAACAGAUUGAAGAUGGACGAGGCAGAGAAGUACCAACAGAGACUGCAGGCGAUCACUGAGAAGCGUCGUCUGCAGGAGGAACAGGAGAGGGCCAAGAGGGAGAUGGAGGAGGAGCGGCUGAGGCUACAGCAGCUCAAGAGGAAGUCUCUUAGAGACCAGUGGCUGAUGGACGGCCCCUCUUCCCCCACAUCCUCAGAGCCUCGUUCCCCGCUGUGGGGCUCCCAGGCCCAGGAGAUGGAGCAACACAUAGACAAGUUGCAGACAGAGAGUCGACGGUUAACGGAGGAGGAGGAGAAGCUGGAGCAGCAGAUGGAAGAUGGCCGAGCUAAUGCAGCGGUGGUGGUGGUGGAGGCUACAGCAGAAGCAGACCAAGCAGUUAUCUUGGAGAAUGGACAGGAAGAAGUAGAGGCUGAAUCCGUUUUAGGAACAGUUGAGGCAGCACUAUUGGAACGAGCUGAGAUCCUCACCAAUGGGAGAGGAGAGGGGGAGGGGCAAGCUGCUACCCACAAUGCAUCAGAGGAGGGCGGACUGCACAACGGCACCAACGGUCCAGUGACGGUCGUCCCUGAAGAUGGUGCCAUUACCAUGACGUUCCUGGGGUUCACGGAGACGGAGCCAGGCGAGGCUCCGGUAAUCGAAGAAGGCGGACUGAUCAUGAUGCGAGCGGAGCGAGUGAUUAUCAAUGACGAGGGAGACGAGCUGGCAAAUGAUCUUUCCUCUACGGGUCAGGAACAGGAAGUUGACUCGGCUGCGUCCAAUCAGAGGUCAGAAUCUCCUGAGGAAGGAGGAAUUGAGGAGGCGAAACCAGAGACAACUCCUGAAGAGUCCUCAGAAGUAGCAAAAGAGACUGAGACAGAGGCAGACACAGUAACUAGAGAUUUAGGAGAAGGACAGAUGGACCCCGUAACUAGAGAUUUAGGAGAAGGACAGAUGGACCCCGUAACUAGAGAUUUAGGAGAAGGACAGAUGGACAUAGUAACUAGAGAUUUAGGAGAAGGACAGAUGGACACAGUAAUAGGAGAUUUAGGAGAAGGACAGAUGGACCCCGUAACUAGAGAUUUAGGAGAAGGACAGAUGGACCCCGUAACUAGAGAUUUAGGAGAAGGACAGAUGGACAUAGUAACUAGAGAUUUAGGAGAAGGACAGAUGGACAUAGUAAUAGGAGAUUUAGGAGAAGGACAGAUGGACAUAGUAACUAGAGAUUUAGGAGAAGGACAGAUGGACACAGUAAUAGGAGAUUUAGGAGAAGGACAGAUGGACAUAGUAAUAGGAGAUUUAGGAGAAGGACAGAUGGACAUAGUAAUAGGAGAUUUAGGAGAAGGACAGAUGGACACAGUAAUAGGAGAUUUAGGAGAAGGACAGAUGGAGGGUGUGGGAAACAGUGGUGGAGAGGAAGAGGCACAGCCAGUAGAGGAAGCUCCUGUGUCUGACUUGCAGGCCCCAGAUGGCGUUGGGGCUGCCGUUCCCGUCUACUCUGAGACCUUACUCACCCCCAGGCCCGACGCAGAGGGAGAGGCUGCAGGCGAGCCGGCAGAGGGCGAUGUGGAAGUGAAGACUGAAGUGGAAGUCGAGGGGGAAGAGGAGGCCUCGGUGGCCCCAGAAUCAGCCAUCCUCCCUGGGGGCCAGUUCCUGGAGGUGUCCCUAGUGGAGCCCCGGACUGAGCCAGAGCAGGAGCCCCUGCUGUUCCCAUCCAAGGCCCAGACCCUGGCCUUGGGGGAGCAGGCUCCAGCUGCCCCAGAGACACUGACCGCUACCAGGGGAGAGGCGGAGGGAGGGGUCGAUGUGGCUCCCAAACGCAAGACCUGCCAGUGCUGCUCUGUCAUGUGAUCAAUCAUUUCAUUCGCUCUCUAUCUCUACCAAAUUCUCCAAUGCUUUCUCUGUCUAAUACUACAAGAGGGACUUGAGUCUGCCUCUAACACUGUGAAUGAUGGGGGGUGGUAAGAUGGUGUUAUUACUGAAGUGCCUUGUGGAUCUCCUUCCCUAAGGGUAUAGCUCAGUUACCCAUCCAGAGGAACCUGGGUUUUGUUCAGUAGGGCGAAGUGCUUUGAAAUGAAAAUUCAAAACCAUUGUUUUUCUUAUUGGACCAGGUCCAGGUAGGCCCUCCCUGUUCGAGUCAGUUUUUUCUUUUGA